AUGCCGCAGCAUGCCGGCGGUUGGUGUAAGGUAUGGACAGAUUACAAAAGCGGAGUAAAAAAGAAACUUACGAAAAAUAAACAGCUUUUAACUAGAACAGGAGGAGGUCCAUACAAAGAAAUUCCAUUAACAGAAACAGAAGAAGAUGUUAGCGUUCUGGUAACCUUAAAUACAACUGUUCAUGGAAUAGCUAAAAUAAACAACUUCGGUGCUUCAAGAACUCCAUUACCGAAAAGAGUUGAAGGUUCAAACCUUUCGGAAAUAUAUUUGCCGUUGGAACAAAAUACAUUGACACAGGAAAUGGAUUUGUCGAUUGAAGAAAAUGUGACAUCGUUGGAAACUGUGAAUGAAGAAGCAAAUACACAGAACAGUUCUUUCACAAAUUUGAAGCCACGGCAGUUAAAACGAAAUAGAAAAGAAGAAAAGCCAGAAUUGCUUAAAGAGCAAAUUAAAAUACAAAAAAAAUUAGCUUCGGACGUCACAUCUGCUCUAGAAAAAAUGAAGGAACAAAAUAAGGAAAAUUAUAAUGUUAUAAAAUAUGUAAUGUUAUACAAUAAGAAGCAAACAAAAAUCUUUGAACUGCAGCUGGAAGAACAAAAGAGGCACAACGAAGAAAUGAAGAUAUUAUUAAUGAAAAAAUUGCUCUAA